CAAGACUCUGCCUGUACCUGAGACUCUGCCUGUACCUGAGACCCUGCCUGCACCAGUGUCUCCUGAGACACAGAAGGAGAAGGCAGAGGAUGCUCAGGAACAGAUGAGGCAGAAACAGCUGGUAAGAAAUAAAAAAACACUACUUUAAAAAUGCUUAAUUCUUAUAAUGGGGUUUUCAUAUAUUAACUCCAGAUGUUUCACUCCUAAUCUGUCUCUAGAACAUUCACAAUUUAACUCCAACUUGUAUUUCCUACAGAUUAAAAUUCAGGACCCCAACAAUGGUGGCCGAAAAAUCAGCAACCAAGAAGAUGACAGCUCACCAAACAUCACGGGAGUUGAACUAUUCGUUAAAGACGUGGACCCCAGGAUCAGUGAACAGCGCCUCUUUAAUGAGUUCCUCCCGUUCGGAGACAUCAUCAGCUUUAAGCUGAUGAUGGAAAACGGGCGCUCAAAAGGAUAUGGCUAUGUGACAUACUCCAAUGAAGCAGAGGCCAAAACAGCCAUAAGCGAGCUAAACGGGAAGAUCCUGGGAACCAAGGUUCUGUUCAUCGCGCUGUCAAAAUCCAAAGAGGAACUGGCCAGGCUGAAAAAUCGAAGAAACUGGACACGCAAGCCGUGUUACAAGAAAGACACGAAGAGGUUCUGGCCACAGCGUCAUUAAUCUGCUGUACCAAACUGCCAGGAACCCUACAGAGACUCAAUAAAAUUAAAAAUCUUUACAAUAAAUUCAAUUCAAUUCAAUAAAAUGUUCCUAUUGC